CAGCCACUCUUGUUAACACUCACUCUGUUUUCUAACACGGCCUGGGAGCAAGCGCGCCCCUGUCACGUCCCACUGAUACCAACUAGAGGUAACGUGACCGCUAAUAGAGGACGUCUAACCGACGCGAGCGCAUACACUUUGAACCUGUGGAAGGCAACGUACUGUCUAUAUAAGGCGCGCAAGUCUCAGCCUCGGUCACUGAAGAAGUACUGGAGCCAGAAAAACAACUCACUGGGCAGUUCGUCCCAGUUCCUGCCGCCACCCAGGGAUCGACCCGGACCCCACCGAAGAGUCUACAUAUACGCUAGGUUUCAUCGACAGCACUUCGGACAUGGAGCAUAAUCUCGGGUGCAGCCACUAUGACGUGGGCUACCGCAGCGUGGGGGUCGGUAGGGAAGAGGAAGAACACAAUGAGAUGAAGACUACCUUGGCCUCUUCGCUUUUAACGGAAGAAGAGGAGAAUACAGCUUCCAAACUUAAGCGCGGAGCAGCGGCAGUAAACUACGUUGGUAUGAGAAAGCCGAACCUCUUCGACGACGAAAACCCGGAGGUCGGCUUCGGCGGCGGCUUGGCAUCCCCGCAGCAGCUGGAGGAGCCGGUCACCCCGGCCGCGGUGGGGCCACUGAUCGCUGAGAGGAAGCAGCGCCGCUACCGCACGUCGUUCACCCAGUUGCAGCUUCGGGAACUGGAGGACGUUUUCCAUCGCAUUCCAUACCCCGACGGGUUCACGCGAGAAGAGAUUGCAGGACGUCUGAAUUUGACCGAGGCCAAAGUGCAGGUUUGGUUUCAAAACAGAAGGGCCAAGUGGAGAAGACACCAGAGGGAAAUGAUGCUCAGAAAUAUGGCCUCUGUUGCCUUGGGCCCUCCUGUGGGAGUAAUCUUUGAUGGGCAUUAUCAUGCAAUUCCUGUUCUGGACCCUACAUUGAGAUAUGUUCCUCUGGUGCCUCAGGGCCUUAUGCCUCCUGGGCCACCCCUGCACCCUGAGCCCCCUGGGCCACCUCUACCCCAUGGGCCACCCAUGAUACCUAUGCCACCCCCGCCACCUGUGCUUCCCUUUGCUCUGGCCCCUGUAGAUAUGGCAUGGGCCCCUUUUAUCAAUGAUUAUUUCGCAGGUCCCACCUUCUAAAGCAUGGUCGUUAUAAUAAUUUUUCUGAAGUGUUUUUUUCUUCCAGAUAUAAAUCAUGCAUAGUACAAAGUUGAGUAAUUCUUCAAAUACAUGUUAAAUGAAUUGAAUAACUGAACAAAGUCAAUGUCUGUUGUUCUUGUAGAGUAUGUCUUCAAUAAAGUUUCAAAUAAUUGA